UCUAUCGCCUCAGCUUCUUCACUUCUCCCCACCACCCCACGACCAACCUGGAGACCUUUGAUGGUUUAAGCCGUAAGCCAGCGAGCACUGUGUUAUUCGGAAGCAUCCGCUAUGGCAGCCGAAGACGCAAAUGACGAUCGUGACGCGCUCGACGCGCUGGAACUGGAGGCAAAGGAGUUUGACAAAGAUGCCGAGAUCGAUAGGAUUCUCAAGGCUUUCCGUCUUGAUGCCUACGCCGUCCUCGACCUCCACCCAGGCGUCCCCGAGUCCGACAUCAAGAUCACGUAUCGUAAAAAGUCGCUCCUCAUACAUCCCGACAAGACCAAGAACCCACGUGCGCCCGACGCGUUCGAUCGCCUGAAGAAGGCUCAAACAGAGCUCAUGGACGAGAAGAAGCGUGCCAUCCUCGACGAAGCCAUCGCCGACGCGCGCAUGCUCCUCAUCCGCGAAAACAAGUGGACCGUUGACAGCCCUGAGCUCAAGACCGACGACUUCGACAAGAAGUGGCGCACCAAGUCGAUGGAGGUCCUGAUCGACAACGAGCAACGCCGCCGCCGCCAGCUCAAGGCCCAGAUGCAGGAGGAGGGCCGCGAGCAGCGCAAGGAGGAGGCCGAGCUGGAGGAGCGCAAGCGCAAGCGCAAACACGAACAAGACUGGGAGGCUACCCGUGACCAGCGCAUCAACAGUUGGAGGAGUUUCCAGAAGGGCAAGUCGACUGGUGGAGGGGAUCCAGACAAGAAGAAAAAGAAGAAGCUGAAGCCCAUCGGUUGAGAGGCCUCAUCACAGCUCAUCCUGGUGCUACGCGAACGGCUAGGCGCACGAUGCCGCUUCGAACAACUACCUCCCCAUAAUUCGGCGCCUCAUUUUGUUCAUGCUUGCCGCCGCACAUUCGUUGCGUCGCUUUGAUUUGUGAGUCGACAAAAUCUACACACCGUCCGGGAUCUGACCAAGACAGCGGCUUUGGGAGGCGAGCGCAACGCUAAGAUACCCCGACGGGCGUUUGGAGAAACCACGAGAUUGAAGGACGACACAUUUGACAGCUGCGGGACACGAAAGUCACGUCACAUUUGUUUUUUGCGAGAUUGCUCGAAGCUUGGUGCCUGGUGUGAGGAGAUUCUUCUUCUCGCUGAGAGACUACGCUCUCUACGCAAUACCUGUUAGCAUACACGGAAAGGUCCAAGCUAGCCUGUAAAUCUGCACAAAGAAUCCUGGGG